AAUUUCUAUGUCAACGAUAAUUCAGCCUCAGGCGCCAAAACGCAGUCUAAUCCAGGCAUGAACACUUUCUGCCUGAGGCAAUAAUAAUGCCAAACACCUGCGCCAUGGCCAGGUUUGCUCCCUUGAUAUGACGCAAAUUUCAACAUUCAGACAAGCGACACCAAUAUAUUUGUCCAAUAUCGAUAUAUUUCCGCUCAAUAUAGAUGAAAAUUGUUAUCAUAUCGAGAGACAUGCCAGGCAAAACGAACUCAAGCACGACGACGUCAUUCUGCCCCGGCCCGGCGCCAGUCACGAGGAUAACGCGGCAGCGGCAUUUAUAACGCAUUUCUCGACAAUGCCAUGUACUGUAUUGUCGCCCGCGCCGGCUAGCGGGCGUAACUCACGGCACCAAUGCCCUUGGAAAGUGGCCAUGAGUGGAUCAUUGAGACCCAGAACAUCAGAGACUUCUGCCCUACGAAAUGGCGUUGUAGAAGGCUCCAGUUUCGCCACAAUUCCUGCCAAUCCGCGCUGCUCGGGAGCUCGUCUAUGUUGUAUGGUUCGUUUGCUGUGUAUAAUCCCUGUCGCCACUUACUUUCACUCUCUCACAACGGGAUGGAUAACAUGGAACUUGGGUGGGGGUAAGUCUCGCAAGAACGACCGAGACAAACUCGAUAGACCUGCUGGCUCCUCCAAGACUAAAAUCAUAUUAAAAUCUCACCGUCGCCCCCGUCUUUCUCCCUCCUUUUCAUCUUCUGCUCAUCACUAUCACAUUAUUUGCUCGUCCGGCACAACGAUUGCGUUGUUUGCAGACGGAAACACACGUUAGCGCCCGUCACUAUCAUCGCUACAUCCAUACGCCGCUCGAGCUUGAGCAGAAAAGCGGCAUUGUCACCACGACACGUACACGAGAAAAAUCGAAUACAUCGGUCUGAUUCUCAUAGUAGGCCUGGAAUAGUGUCUACUCUGGCG